AUGAAUGAGCUACUAAGAAGAAGUUGUGGGGAGAUAAAAAGUAAAUGUUGCAAGCUUAAGGGCCGUUACAAACCUGAGUAUCUUAGCACAAUUAAACGUAUAUCAGUUUUCCGCGAUGGGUUAUUUAACGUGGCUGAGGUACAAAAAUUGAUACAGUCAGUAUCAGAGGAAAAUGAAAGACUGGAAGAGAAUGGGAGGGAGUUGCAGGCUGAAAUUGGAACAUUAAAAGAGAGCAAGAUAGCAGCUGAUAAAGCAUUAAGUACUAAACAAGAAGAAUACAAAGCCAUCUUGAAUGAAAAUAAAAAACUUAAUGAUUACUUGGAAAAAGUUGGAAUUGUUGUCAAUUUUAAAAACGCAGGAAGAGAACUAUCAGAGCUUGGGAAAAAACAGCAAAACCGCAAACUUACUGAACUGAAGGCAAAUGUGAAAGAGAGUUUGUGGUUUGCAAACACCUUUGGUCUAACAUUGGAAUCUGCAGUUUUCAGUGAUAAAUAUGGGUCAAAUUACUCAUUGGCAUAUCAAACCUCUCCACAGAAUAAAAAGUACAAUGAACUCCCAGAAGUGGAAAAGAAAAAGAUAAAAGAAAUCCUUUUUAUUAUGGAUCACUUUUGUAUAGGCGAGGCUGCCUAUCAUGAAGUCACAAUGACCCAAGCUGGAGAGAAUUUACCACGGUCCUAUCUCAUCAAACAAUGCAAAGAAUCAUUGAAUGCACUCACAUGUAUUGAGAGGACACCUGGGGUAUGUGAAGGAGCACAGCUCAACUUCCAUGAUGCUCUCUGCAGUGAAAUCCAAAAACAUAUGGAAAAUUGCAGACUGAAUGGCUUGGAUGUUCCAGCAAAGUAUAAGAUCAAGCUGAGUGGUGAUGGUGCAAAAAUGACGCGAAAUACUGGGUUUAUUGUGAUUUCUUUCUCAAUUUUGAAUGAUGGAGAUGCUGUGCUAGCAUCAAGAGGUUAG